AUGCUGUCUCUUUCGCUACUGAGGAAGAACAUACUUGGUUUCAAUGUGAACUUCUUGAUCCGAUGCAAGAUCUUACCCAGAAGAUGCCAUACGACUUCUCUCUCCCGAAACAUCUGCGUAUGUGCCACUUAUGAGCAGGAGGAAGAAGUAUCACGGGAACGAUAUAAUGAUGAGUUUUCAAAUCGUAACGUGGUUCACCAAAUCUUGCAGCUUUGUGCUAGAAACGGAGCAGUUAUGGAAGCAAAAGCUUGCCACGGGAGGAUUAUUCGUAUCGAUUUGCAGGGAGAUGUUACUCUGUUGAAUAUUCUUAUUAAUGCUUAUUCCAAGUGUGGUUUUGUGGCUCUUGCUCGCCAAGUGUUUGAUGGAAUGCUUGAAAGAAGCUUGGUUUCUUGGAACACAAUGAUUGGUUUGUAUACUCGGAACAGAAUGGAGUCAGAAGCAUUGGAUAUUUUCUUGGAGAUGCGCGAUGAAGGGUUUAAGUUUAGCGAAUUCACAAUCUCCAGUGUUCUUUCUGCUUGUGGGGCAAGUUGUGAUGCCUUGGAAUGCAAAAAGUUGCAUUGUUUGUCAGUGAAGACAUCUCUUGAAUUAAAUUUGUACGUUGGUACUGCAUUGGUUGAUCUUUAUGCAAAGUGCGGGCUGAUCAAGGACGCUGUGCAGGUUUUCGAGUCUAUGCAGGACAAGAGUUCAGUUACAUGGAGUUCUAUGGUGGCAGGUUAUGUUCAAAACAAGAAUUAUGAAGAGGCUCUCCUUCUUUAUCGUCGUGUCCUGAGAAUGAGUUUAGAGCAGAAUCAGUUUACGUUAUCUUCAGUUAUUUGCGCUUGUUCAAAUCUGGCAGCAUUAAUAGAAGGGAAACAGAUGCAUGCUGUUAUACAUAAGUCUGGGUUUGGUUUUAAUAUCUUUGUGGCAUCCGCUGCAGUCGAUAUGUAUGCAAAAUGCGGAAGCUUGAAAGAGGCCUAUAUUAUUUUUUCAGACGUGAAAGAGAAAAAUAUUGAGCUUUGGAACACGAUCAUCUCGGGGUUUGCAAAACAUGCUCGUCCUAAGGAAGUGAUGAUCUUGUUUGGCAAAAUGCAGCAAGAUGGAAUGCACCCGAAUGAGGUUACUUUUAGUUCUUUGUUAUCGGUUUGUGGUCACACGGGUUUGGUCGAGCAAGGAAGGAGAGUUUUCAAACUCAUGAGAACCACAUACAGUCUAUCGCCAAAUGUGGUUCAUUACUCCUGUAUGGUUGAUAUUCUAGGUCGCGCUGGGCUACUGUCUGAAGCGUAUGAGUUGAUAAAGUCUAUUUCUUUGGAUCCUACUCCUUCAAUUUGGGGUUCUCUUCUUGCUUCUUGUAGAGUCUACAAAAAUCUUGAGCUGGCAGAAGUUGCAGCCAAGAAACUAUUCGAAUUAGAACCAGAAAAUGCCGGUAAUCAUGUCUUAUUAUCCAAUAUUUACGCGGCAAACAAACAGUGGGAGGAAAUCGCCAAAUCAAGGAAGCUUCUCAGGGACUGCAACGUGAAAAAAGUAAGAGGAAAAAGUUGGAUUGAAAUUAAGGACAUGGUCCACACUUUCAGCGUGGCAGAAAGCGGUCAUCCGAGAACCCGUGAGAUCAGUUCAACGUUAGAGAAUCUGGUAAUUGAAUUGAGAAAGUUUGGAUAUAAACCAAUCAUAGAACACGAACUGCACGAUGUGGAGAUAGGUAAGAAAGAGGAGCUUUUGAUGCAGCAUAGUGAGAAGCUGGCUUUGGUUUUUGGUUUAAUGUGUUUGCCAGAAGGUUCCACUGUGAGGAUCAUGAAGAAUCUGAGAAUAUGUGUGGACUGCCAUGAAUUCAUGAAGGCUUCAUCAAUGGCCACAGGAAGAUUUAUUAUUGUUAGAGAUGUUAAUAGAUUUCACCAUUUCAGUGAUGGUCAUUGUUCUUGUAGAGGAUUUUGGUGACAAACUCUGUUUUUUUGGAAGGACUCACUCAUAAAUAAUAUGAA